UGUCCAAGAUGGAGUUUUUUUCGAAGGGAAUCAACGCGGUUUUGGGAGGGUCUGGCGACACGGCUCAACCGACAGGCGUGGAGACGAUCGAACGACUGUGCGAUCGUCUGCAGUCUGCAACGCUGCUGGACGAUAGGAGAGACGCAGUCCGCGCUCUGAGAUCUCUAUCGAAGAAAUUUAAACUGGAAGUUGGAACACGCGCAAUGGACAUGUUGCUAGGCGUUCUAGAGAGAGACAAGGCUGACGUCGAGAUGACAGAACUGGCAUUGGAAACGUUGUGUAUUAUAGUGACUCAAGACGUUGGUGAAAAUGGAGAAAAACCGGAAAACGAUCUCGGCCUUCAGUUUACCGAGAUAUUACUCAAGAAACAGUCAAACGUGUCAUUGCUACUUGGUUUUGUUGAGGAGAUUGAUUUUCAUGUGAAAUGGCCAGCUGUUAAAGUGUUGAAAAUUCUUGCCAGCAACAAAUGUACGCAGAUGCAAGAACAUGUUCUUGGUUGUCCAAUGGGAAUUUCCAGAUUGAUGGACCUUCUUUCAGACAGAAGAGAGAUAAUUAGAAAUGAGAGUGUGCUGGUGCUGCUCAGUUUGACUAAGGGCAAUGCUCAGAUUCAGAAAAUCGUUGCAUUUGAGAAUGCAUUUGAUCGUCUUUUGGAUAUAAUCAUGGAGGAAGGACUGACCGACGGAGGUAUUGUUGUAGAAGACUGCAUUCUUCUCAUACAAAGUCUCCUGAAGUCAAACAACUUGAAUCAGAACUUUUUUCGUGAAGCAAGCCUUAUUCCACGAUUGGUGCCGUUCCUAAAUCUUAAUCUGCCGUCUAAACCUGGUACUGCUGUGUCGUGGGAUCUACAGAAAAUCAGUAAUAUCCUUGAGAUGCUGAAGUUGAUACGUAUUUUAGUGUCACCUGUUAAUCCUCAGCAGGCUACAGCUGCUGUACAGAAAACAGUACAUCAGUGUGGUCUUAUGAAGCUACUCUGUGCCAUCAUGUUUUCCAGUGGCAUGCCAUCACAUGUACUAACUGAGGCCAUCAACACUGUUGCUGAAGUGAUGCGAGGCUCUCCUCCAAACCAAGAAUUCUUCUCACAAGUCAAAGUGCCACCAGACUCACCAAGGCCUGCAGUGUUGGCUGUCAUUACGUCAAUGGUGACCGAGAAGCAGCCAUUGGAAUUGAGAUGUGCCGCGUUAUACUGCUUUCAGUGCUAUCUGUUAAAGAACCCAGUAUACCAAGCUGAAGUGGUUGCCACUCUUCUUCCUACCUCAGCUGAUGCUGCUCAGUCUGUGUCAGCUGGCCAGCUACUUUGCACUGGACUCUUUAGUCCUGAUCAGCUGUCUGUGUGGUGUGCAUCGAUUGCCUUAUCAUCAACUCUUAGCUCGACGUUGCAGAAGGAGCAGCUGUUACGAGUGCAAUUGGCUGCAGCUGCUGAUCAAUCUCCGAUGAGUUUGUUGCAAUUGUGUGUCAACUUGUUGGCUCAGGGCAAUAACGCUCAGUCUCGUGUUGCUCUCAUGAUGUUACUAACCACGUGGUUGGCUGGUUGUGCUCCUUGCGUCAGUGUCUUCUUGAGCAACCAAGCCAACAUGUCAUUUUUGACUGGUUUGGCAGAACACGAACCGGACUCAGAACAGGCCAGUUUAUUACAAGGCUUUUCAUGUCUCAUAUUGGGAAUUUGUUUAGUCCAUCAUCCGGGGACUAACUUACCAUACACAAAGGAAACGCUUCGUCAGAUUAUAGAACAUCGUAUUGGUGCUGACAGAUUUAUUGAUAGCCUUAGCUUUGUGUCACAAUCAGAGCAGUUUACUCGAGCAGCGAAGCAUCCUCAGCCUGGAUAUUCAAAGAUCGAUAAUGUUCUGUUUGAUCAUGCGUACACUGUAUUUUUCAAGCAGCAAACCGACCUAAUCUUAAAGGCAGUCAAUACCCUUGGUGAUCUCUCACCCUCAACCGAUUCUCCACCAGAUCGGACGUCACCGUCUGCACCUUCUGGAUCAACAGCCACUGUUGAAGAUCAUGACAAUAUUAUAAUGAAUUAUAAAGAAUUGAUUAGAGAUCAAGACCAACAGCUGCAGGAGAUGAGGAAGAAGCUGGAAGGACUAGGAGGGGAAAGAGAUACUGCACUGACUUCAAACAGAGAGCAGUCUAAAACUGUGGAGAGUUUACUCACACAGAACGCUGAGCUGAAGCAACUAUUGGAGAGCAGAAAUCUGGACGCUAAUGUCAACGCUGUGACUUCAUCUGAAGUAACUCAACUACGACAACAAAUCUCAGAUCUCCAAGCAACUCAAACAAACCUCGAAACGAAAUUGAAAGAGAGAGAUGUUCAGCUAAAACAUGUGAAUGAUGAGUUGUCUCGUAGCCGGCGGAUAGAAUCGGAUGCUCGACGUUCACUGGAGAGCAGUAAAGACAAGAUCGUGUCCGACAUUGAGCAAGAGAAGUUACAAAAGGAGAUUUCUGGUCUGAAGACAAGAGUUCAAGAGAGGGACUCGCAGAUAGAUUCUGUUUCACACGAGCGAGAUCAAAUGCAAAAGAUGAUCAAAGAUUUGGAAGGAGAGAUCAAGAAACUCCAAGAAAAGUCGGCUGCUGAAGUCAGUAGCAAUAGUACCGAGUCAGUGGCUUACAAAGAGCUUCAACAACAGUUUGAGCAACUGAAGGCAAAAAAAGAGACAAUGGACAAGGAACUGGAAGACUUGCUGAUAUUGCUCAAUGAAAAUGAUGAGAAGCAACGAAAACUGAAAGAGAGGCUGAGAAAAUUAGGUCAAGAGGUUAGUGACGAGGAGGAUGAAGAUGAAGAUGAUGAUGACGAUGACGACGACGAGGAAGACGAAAACGAUAGAGAGCAAUAACUUGUUGAAAUUAUAUUUUUUGUUGUAUUAAUAUCAAAUACAUGUUCGACAUGGUCACGUGA